CUCUAAUGAGAAGUCUCCUAUGGUUUCACGUUUUCUAAAACCUUUCCUUCUUUUAUUUGCCUCACCACUCUUAAAAAGAAUACAAAAGUAAACCAGACCAUGGCAGAGAGAAAAGAAAGGUGCGGCCACUGCGGAAGACUACUGCUAGUGGCACCAGAGGUUCACACCUUCAAGUGUGCAGUGUGCCAUGGCAUCACUCGGAUUGGUCAAGCCAGCAAUACACUGAGUCUGGUUUAUAACUCUAUGUCUCAUGCUGCAAACAGGUUAAGAGGGUUCAUAAAUACUAUGAUCACUGGUUCAUUUAACAGCAAUGUAGGCUAUGGGAUACCUAAUUAUGGCUAUUAUCCUCAGCCUCAGCUAUUAAGGCCACCAGCUCCGUUGGUUCCUGCCUCUGCAUAUGGUUCAAAGAGAGCAUUGCUGUGUGGAAUUUGCUACCAUGGACGAAGUUACAGGCUUAAAGGUUCUCUAAAUGAUGUUAAGUUCAUGAGAUAUUUUCUUAUCAACCAGUUUGGAUUCCCUGGCGACUCCAUUCUUAUGCUCACGGAUGAUAAGGAGGAGAAAAACCCACUGAAAAUCCCGACCAAAAAGAACAUUCAAACAGCAAUGCGUUGGCUGGUCGAGGGUUGCAGGCCAGGGGACUCACUGGUGUUCCACUUCUCAGGGCAUGGCACACAAGAAGUGGACCAUAACAUGGACGAGAUAGACGGUUACGAUGAAGCACUAUUACCAGUUGAUUAUGAGCUCAAUGGGAUGAUUAUUGAUGAUGAGAUCAAUGCAACGAUAGUCAGGCCACUGCCUCGUGGUGCAAAACUUCAUGCCAUUGUUGACGCAUGCCACAGUGGGACCAUUCUUGAUCUACCUUUUGUGUGCAAAAUGAGCAGGGAAGGGUUUUACACCUGGGAAGAUCAUACACAGCCGAGGGCUGAUUAUAAAGGUACAAGAGGAGGGCUUGCAAUUUGUAUAUCAGCUUGCGAUGAUGCAGGAUCCUCUGCAGAUACAUCAGCCUUUGGUGGAAAGGUUGUUACUGGUGCCUUGACUUAUAGUUUCAUACAGGCAGUGCAAAAUGAACCUGGAUUAACCUAUAGUCGCUUGUUAACUGCCAUUCGUGCUGCAAUCAGAGGAGCUAAAAUUGGUAUAGUUGCCCUAAAUGGUCCCAUCAUUUCACUGCUAAAUAAAAUGCUAGGCAUGGAUCGCAUCAGACAGGAUGCACAACUAUCCUCUUCUGAGAGGUUUGACAUACAUACACAGCGGUUUGUGCUAUGACUUGGUUUCCUCACAUCAUUGCUCUUAUAAGCAAUUAAGAGUUCAUUCUCAAGUUGAAUGAAAAGAACGAUAUUAAUUUUCAGAAAAUCUUGGAGAAGUUGUUGGCCUUUCAAUAGUGGAAAUUGUAGUCCACAUUUAGUUACAUUUUAACUUUGAUGGAAAUUAAUUUGUCUGCUGCAUUUUUAUAUCAUGUUAAUGGCAAAUGUCUUUACCAAUCUAUGUGUAGACCGCAUCCAUAUUUGACAUGCGUUGGAUACUUAGAUAGUAGCAUUUUGGAUUC